AUGCAGCGUAAUUCACUCAUCGCCGGUGUACCGGCAUUUUAUCUCUCGGCGUUUUUCUUUUUCGUGGUUUUGCUGCUGGCUGCUUCGUCUGUUAUCUCUUUUGCUUCCUGUUCUGCUCGCUCUUUGCGCAAACGAAGGACUGAUGAGUUGUUUAAUUGUUUAUCUGCAUUUUCUCUUUCGUCUCCCUGGCCUUCAAAAGGUGCGCGGGCAUUCGCUCAGCUACGCCUCACCCAAGAAAGCAACCUCAACCCCGGUCUAGAAGGGACUGCCGACUUGCAAGUAGAGAAGGAAGCACUAAUAAAUGCAGCAGGAGCAUCUCCGGUGUACGUGCAGCUCCUCUCAGUUGACUGGACGUCGGAGCCCUUUGCAGCACCAGCAGCAGCAGGAGACACUGCAGCAGCAGGAGGAGACACUGCAGCAGCAGCAGGAGACACAGCAGCAGCAGCAGGAGACACUGCAGCAGCCGCAGGAGACACUGCAGCAGCAAAGCAACAACUAGUAUCAACUGCAGCAGGAGCAGCAGGAGCAACUGAAGCAGCAGCAGAUGUAGCAGCAGCAGCAGCAGCAGCAGCAGCAGCAACAGAAGGGUUUACGCUGCUGCUGCAGCUGUCGGUUCCACCGCAGCAGAAGCUGCAGAGACAGCCGAGCGCCUCCGAUGUCUUUCUUGAAAUUAUCCUCAGAAUUAUAACCCCAGUUGCUUUCUUAUGCUAG